AUGGGAAAAACAAGGAUUAUGAUCUACCUAAUCCAUAUUAUAUGCUUCCUUCCGAUUCUUUCAAUGGGGCUUACCAGUCUAUUGAGUACAUCUAACGAAGUUGUUAAUCAAUCAAAACGCGAAAUUAUUAUGAAUAUAUCAUCAAUUUUCUUCAACCUCAUCUUCAUAUUAUCUAGUUUUCUAUACAUUCCCAUUUACAUCAGCAUUUUUCGUUUUCGUCAUUUAUCAUCUAUCGAAAAACACAAACCACAAAAUUAUAUAUUAUAUCAGACUCUCCUUGCGAUUCUACUAAAAACCGUUCAGCUGAUUAUGUUGGCUUCUAUUCCAAUUAGUAGUAUACAAUUAAAUUCUACAGCGUUCAUUUCAACUAUAACAGACAUUAUGCUAACACCAUUUCUGAUUCAACUACCGUAUCUGUUUUGUAAUCGACGGAAUGUGAAUGCGCUGAGGAAACGGAUGUUUGGCAGCCGAACUACUCCAGAGAAUCAAACACCUAUUUAUCCCAUCACCUAUUAUUUCUACAGAAUGAUUUACGCCUCCUAUUUGUCAAUGACUCUCAUGUUCACUCACUUCCUGGGCAGUUUUGUUCCAGUUGUCGUCUACAUUUCUGGAAUAUUUGGUUUAGUCGCGGUGAAUUUGGUACAUGUUCAUCAUAUUAUGCUAGCUUCUUAA